AUUAAACACAGUAUAUAAAAAAUAAAAAAAAUUUUAAAAAUUAAUAGCAACAAUGGCAGAAACUGUAUAUAAAUACAUGAAAAUACAAAAUAGACCAUAUAGUAUUAAUGAUUUAGUUUCAAAUCUUCAUAAUGAAUAUGGUAAAGUAGCUGUACAAAAAGCUGUAGAUAAAUUGGUGGCUGAAGGAAAAAUAUUUGAAAAAGUAUAUGGAAAACAAAAACUUUAUUGUCCAACUCAAGAUUCAUCUCUUGAUGUAGAAGAAUUAAUGAGAAUAGAUAAAGAAUUACAAGCGCAUGCUAAUGAAGUUGAAAGUAAGUAUCAAGAAUUAGAAAGAGAAAUUAAAGUACAAGAGGCUUUAUUGUCAUCUAUGAAGUCUUCUAUUACAAUUGAAGAAGCAAAAAAACAAAAAGCUUUAACUCAACAGAGAAUUAUAGAAUUGAAAAAUAAAUUGGAUGCAUUAAUGGAGGCAAAUGGAACUGAGGACUUAACUGAAUCUAAAAGAAAAGCAGAAAAAGCAAUAAAUGAUUAUUCACGUGAAUAUGUAAAACGGAAACGUUUAUGUACUGAAAUAUUAGACUGUAUAUUAGAUAAUUACCCUGGUAGUAAAAAUGAGUUGUAUGAAGAAAUAGGAAUAGAACCAAAAGUUGUUCAAUGAUAUUUUAUUAUAUCAUUAUUAUUAUUUAUUAUAUUAGUAUAUAUAAAUUAUUCUUAAUCAUUAAUUAGUU